AUGGACGAACUUCUCAAUAUUCCAGCAGCAGUGAAUUUUGAUGAGUCAAUAGCUCAUUAUGAAAUUCAUGCUCAUCAACCAUACGCAUCUUCAUCUUUUAACAAUAGCGAUGAAAUUCGAAUCGCAGUACAACAUCAAGACUUGUGCAUUUUACCUAGUAAAAGUUCAUUACACAUUUUUGGUAGAUUAACUAAAAAUGAUGGAAUUACUCUUACACAAAACGUACAUUUAAGUAAUAAUGCUGUAUGUUUUUUGUUUGAUGAAAUUCGCUAUGAACUAAAUGGUAUUGAAAUUGAUCGCUGCAAAUACGUUGGACAUACUACAAUCAUGAAAAAUUACACCUCGCAAACAUCAAAUCAGCUAAAUUUUAUUGAAAAUGCUGGAUAUUCAAAAAUUGCAGCUGAUGCAAGACUUACUUUGGAAAAUGGUUAUUUUGAUGUCACAAUACCACUCAACAUGAUUUUUGGUUUUGCUGAAGAUUAUAAAAAAAUCAUUAUAAACGCUAAACAUGAACUUAUUUUAACAAGAGCACGUUCUGACGUGAAUGCCGAUCCAUUAAUUUCAAUAAGUUUUAGGUCGUGGGAAAUGUAUGAGUAUCCUUUGAUUCCUACAAGUUCAAAAGUUUUGUGGCAAAUUAAAACAUCAACGCAAUUAGAGAAACCUCGUUAUGUUAUUGUUGGAUUUCAAACAGCGAGGAAAGAUAAACGAAAAAAAUAUGCCUGUCAUUUUGACCAUUGUAAUAUUAUAAAUGUUAAACUCUUUUUAAACUCACAAUAUUAUCCUUAUGGAAAUUUAAAUCUAAACUUUGAUCAAAAUCAGUACUCUCUACUUUAUGAAAUGUACGCUAAUUUUCAAUCAUCCUAUUAUGGUAAAGAUUCAAAACCUAUUUUAACAAAGGAUAUUUUUAAAAGUCUAUUUCCUCUAAUUGUUAUUGAUUGUUCUAAGCAAAACGAGUUUUUAAAACAAGCAUCAGUUGAUGUGAGGUUAGAAUUUGAAGCAGGAAUCAACAUGCCAGCCGAGACCACCGCCUAUUGCCUAAUCAUCCAUGACCGCGUCAUACAAUAUAAGCCAAUCAGCGGCGUUGUAAAGAAACUAUUGUAA